AUUGGUCUUUACGUCAACAGCUCAAUUCCUUCGUUACUUCAGAACGGUAAAGGAGAAAUGUCAAAGAAUAAAAAAGGAAAAAAUGAAGAGCACAAGCAGAGGUGCAAAAUGAGUAGACGUCCCACAAGUGUAAGUAAAAGGAAGUUUUUUUUUUCAAACAUCUGAACAUGGUCAAAUAUAAAAACUUUUUUGAUAAUUAUAAAUGCAGUGGUAUCCCAUUAAUAGGGACACCUGUAUGUACUGGACAGUUUUUCAUGUCCUCAUGAAAAACAUUAGGGCCAUUUAUACGAGGAAAAAUAAGACGCGUCUUACAUAAGACGCGAACUGUACCAUUUAUAUGAGCAUUUCUUAUCUAAUAAGACGCGUCUUAACUAAGCCGUGUCUUAUUUUAGACGAAAUGUGCCAUUUAUACAGAAAGUUCGCGCCUUAUUUAAGACGUGUCUUAUGUAAGACGCGUCUUAUUUUUCCUCGUAUAAAUGGCCCUAAUGUAUAAUAUGUUUAUAAUGUCAUAAUGAUAUUUAUUGUCAGUGAUACAUUUUUUUUUCUGAUCUUAACUGCAUUAUAUGGGUGAGGCCACUUUUAUCCUUAGUUAUUUUUUUUUUACUUUUUUGAACAAUUUCCAUUAUUACAAACAUGAAUAAUUGACAGGGUUCUCAUUAAUUUUUCAAGUAGACAGCUAGGAUGUUAAAGUAGGCGGCUUGGUAACUGAGUGCUGUAGGCAAUUUCAGGCUUUCACUCUCUAACUUUACUCUAUUUCCCCAAAAAGUAGACGGCUCAAACCUCCAAGUAGCCGGUUUUUUAGCCGGCUGCCGGCACUUAAUGAGAACCCUGUGAAUUGAUAGAUUAUAUUUAUUAUUGAAGGACUGCAACACCAUUAUUUAGUUUGAUUUUUGUCCUUCUUUAUGUUUUUAUUAGAAGCUGGACAGGCGAUGCGGGGCUUUUGAGCUUAUAAGAGAAUCCUUAUCCUCGAGCCAGAAGCAGCUUGCCCCAGAGGUGCUCUAUGUCGAGUACAUGAGCAGUGAGGAGUCUGCCUAUGAAGAUGAGGAAGAUCCCAUCACUGGUGAAGUAACACAGAAACUAAAGGGUUAUUUAACCAAGAAGCUCUCUUGGGAGAGAACAGCCCUGACAAACUUAAAAAGCAAGCUUGACAGAGCCCAUUAUAGAAGCCUCACCCCUCAUGCCAAAGCAUUGGCAAAGCCCCGGUGUGAGGGUGAUAUAUCAAAGAGGCCAGCACCCGAUGGUCCAUCAUGGGCCGUGAGACAGGCCAUUGCUCAAUAA